AUGACUCUGGAGUCCAUGAUGGCUUGCUGCCUGAGUGAGGAAGCGAAGGAGUCGAAACGAAUCAAUGCAGAAAUUGACAAACAACUUCGCCGAGACAAGCGAGACUCCAGGAGAGAACUGAAAUUACUACUGCUCGGUACGGGAGAAAGUGGGAAGAGCACCUUCAUCAAGCAAAUGAGGAUCAUCCACGGAGCGGGAUACUCAGACGAAGAUAAGAGGGGUUUCAUCCGGCUUGUUUACCAAAACAUCUUCACCUCCAUGCAGGCCAUGAUCCGAGCCACCGAGACCCUCAAAAUCCCAUACAAAUAUGAAGAGAACAGGGCCAACGCCAUGCUUGUGAAGGAAGUGGACAUCGAGAAGAUCAAUGGCUUUGAUCAGCCCUACGUCGUAGCUAUUAAAAGCCUGUGGGCCGACCCGGGUAUCCAGGAGGCGUACGACCGCCGCAGAGAGUACCAGCUGUCUGACUCCACCAAAUAUUAUCUUACGGAUCUGGAUCGUAUUGCAGAUCCCAGCUAUCUUCCCACUCAGCAGGAUGUACUCAGGGUGCGCAUCCCCACUACAGGAAUCAUAGAGUACCCGUUCGACUUGCAAAGCAUCAUUUUCAGGAUGGUGGAUGUGGGGGGCCAAAGGUCCGAGAGGAGGAAGUGGAUUCACUGCUUUGAGAACGUCACCUCCAUCAUGUUCCUCGUGGCUCUCAGCGAGUACGACCAGGUGCUGGUGGAGUCGGACAACGAGAACCGCAUGGAGGAGAGUAAGGCUCUGUUCAGGACUAUCAUUACCUACCCGUGGUUUCAAAACUCCUCAGUCAUCCUGUUCCUCAACAAGAAGGACCUCCUAGAGGAGAAGAUCUCCUACUCCCAUUUGGUUGAUUACUUUCCUGAAUUUGAUGGUCCCCAGAGAGAUCCUCAGGCAGCGCGGGAGUUCAUCCUCAAAAUGUUUGUGGACUUGAACCCCGACAGCGACAAGAUCAUCUACUCCCACUUCACCUGUGCCACGGACACUGAGAACAUCCGCUUCGUGUUUGCAGCUGUCAAAGACACCAUCCUACAGCUCAAUCUCAAAGAGUACAACCUGGUGUGAGGGCCCCGUACGAUGCACACCGCCUCCCCACUGCACAAACACGCCACUCUUUGGGAAUGUGCUGUCGACUCCACAUGCGUUACAUGGAACACCACUCCAGCUCACACCUACACACACACAUUCAAACAUAACUAUUGCUUCUUUUGAUUUGAUUUUCUCCCCUAGUGAAGUUCACAGAUCCUCCCUUUCCCCUCUCAUGUGAGCGUGCUCCUUCCUCCUCCUCCUUCACCGAAACGUCUUUACUCCUCCUCUUCGGCAGCUUCGCGUGUCAGCGUCUUCAGCCUCCAAACUACGGUCAGAUUUGGCUCUGACCUUUGGUAUAAUAGUGACUUGAAAGGGUUUUGGCUUUUUUAAAAACUGUUUCUUUCUGUGUGUGUGUGCAUAUUUGGGGCAGCACUGAUUAGCGCGGAGCAAAUCAAAACCCUUACCCACCUAGAGUUGUGAAGGAACGUUUAUUUAGCCGACGCCACCCGAGGACCAACCGUGCUGAGGAAGAGACGGCGCCGCUCGUCUCACACACACAUAUACACACUAAACAAAAAAAAGGGAUGGGAGGGGGUCAAGGAGUCCAUCUCUUCCUCGCAUCUUUGAAUGUACUCCCAACACGAGCAUCGCAGUCGCAAAAAACAAAAAAAUCAAAAAUGUACAUAAUGAAGCAAACGCAUAUGUAAACACUUCAAAAGCUGGAGGCGUGGCUAAUCCGAAUCUGUUCAUUGCUGAGAUUUUUUUAAUAUGUUUUUAAUGAUAAGAGUUUGUCGCUUCGUCUCAUUCUAUUAAAGACGUUGACUAAAUAAGGUGGAGAUUAAAAAAUCACAAAAAAAUCGAAAAAAAGAGAUAAUCUUUAAAAAAUAAAAAAUAAAUAAGCAGCUCUAAAUUUACUUGACGUUAGUACACUUUAAGGUCUCGGUAGUUUUUAUAUUUUUGAGUUGAUCACACGCUUCCCUCCUCACUCCAAGUCAGUAACAAACACUAGCUGCAAGUGGGAGAGCCUGCUUUGGACGGUCUGCGCUUUGAUAGGAGGAUUUAGGAGUGCAGCUUCUUCAACAGGAUGGAAGCUGUAAAGUCUGCGAGGUGUGAGGAGAACAUCUCUGCUGUCAGACUGACGUCUCACAGUCGUCCAAUCACUUCCUGAUCAGGACCUUUUUUUUUUAUUAUUUUAUUAUUGUCACUUUCUUUAAAAAAAUUGCUGGUGAGUGUUGAGAGGAGGAGAGUAGUGAUGAGCCUUUUACAGGAAACACUAAAAUGUUUGUGUAUAUUUGUAAAUACAUAUGCACAAAACACUGUACAAAAACAAAACACUUAGUUGAACGCCAUCUUUGGCAAAAAGAAGAAUCAUUAGAUUUUUUUUUUCAUUUGAAUUUGAGUAUUAAUACUGUGAUUUUUGUUGAUUAAUAGGACUACACAGAGCUGGGCGUGUGUGUGGAAAUGAACGUCUACACCACGCCGCUGCAACACAUCUGCCGCCCAAGUAAAAUUUGAUCAGGGCAGAUUUGAAAAAUUUACUCGUCAAUUUUUUUUUUUUUUUGUAUUUAUAUAAUUUAUGGACCAGAUUUGAAGGUGUUGAUAAUCUGACUGCUUGUGAUUCUGUCAUGUUGAAGGGCUCCUUUUCUCAUGGCAGAGCCUACUUGAGUCUGAACUGCUGUAAAAAAAAAGAAAAAAAAAAGAAAAAUAGAAAAAAAAUCAACAAAAAAAAACCCUGAAUGUCUGCUAUAGUAAGGAAUUUAUCUCUGCUUUCUAUUUCUUGGAGACAUUUACAGUCGUACUCGCCAUUCUCAGUCCACGAUAAAACUGUUUGGUUUGCCCUCA